CGCAAGCCCGGUCUCCUACGCCCGGAUGCGGUCACGUGCCCACCGGGCGAGGCGGGGGCGGAGCGUCGCGGGUGGUGGGGGCGGGGUAUGGCGCGCUGUGCGGCGCAGGGCGGCUGGCACAAACGGCGGCGCCGGGGCCGGAGGAAAAACCUCGCCACCGUGACAGGUCCCUUCCCAAGCCCCUAGGGACAGCAGAGGACUUGGGGACCAGCAAGCACCCCCAGGGCACGAGAAAAGCCCCUGCCAUCUGCCCUGCCUCAUCCUGCCCCACGCCAGGCCCAGCCGCCCCGGCCCCCGGCUGCAUCAAGUGGAGGAGGAGGAGGUGGAGGAGGGUGGCACCAUGGGCCUGGGCCGUGCCCUCCAUGCCCGGGGGAUGAAGACACUGCUGCCAUGGACAGCCCGUGCCAGCCGCAGCCCCUGAGUCAGGCUCUCCCUCAGUUGCCGGGUUCGGUGUCAGAGCCCUUGGAGCCUAGCAGGGCCAGGAUGGGGGUGGAGAGUUACCUGCCCUGUCCCCUGCUGUCCUCCUACCACCGUCCAGGAGGGCCUGGUGAGGCCUCGGCGGGGAGUGGGACCCCCAGAGCUACAGCUACUUCCACCACAGCCAGCCCCCUGCGGGAGGGCUUCGGUGGGCAGGAUGGCGGCGAGCUGCGGCCGCUGCAGAGUGAGGGUGCUGCGGCACUGGUCACCAAGGGGUGCCAGCGACUGGCAGCCCAGGGCGCCCGGCCCGAGGCCCCCAAACGGAAAUGGGCAGAGGAUGGUGGGGAUGCCCCCGCCCCCAGCAAGCGGCCCUGGGCCAGGCAGGAGAACCAGGAGGCAGAGACAGAGGGGGAGGGCUGCAGCAGUGGCAGUGGUGAGGCCAGCGCCGGGCUGAGGGAGGAGGUGCUGCCCGCUGCACCUGAGCGCCUGGCCCUGGACUAUAUUGUGCCCUGCAUGCGGUACUAUGGCAUCUGCGUCAAGGACAGCUUCCUGGGGGCGGCGCUGGGUGGCCGAGUGCUGGCAGAGGUGGAGGCCCUGAAGCGGGGCGGGCGCCUGCGUGAUGGGCAGCUAGUGAGCCAGCGGGCUAUCCCGCCACGCAGCAUCCGUGGGGACCAGAUUGCCUGGGUGGAAGGCCAUGAGCCAGGCUGCCGAAGCAUCGGUGCCCUCAUGGCCCACGUGGAUGCUGUAAUCCGCCACUGUGCUGGGAGGCUGGGCAGCUACGUCAUCAAUGGGCGCACCAAGGCCAUGGUGGCAUGUUACCCAGGUAACGGGCUGGGGUACGUGAGACACGUUGACAAUCCCCAUGGCGAUGGGCGCUGCAUCACCUGCAUCUAUUACCUGAAUCAGAACUGGGAUGUCAAGGUGCAUGGCGGCCUGCUGCAGAUAUUCCCUGAGGGCCGUCCCGUGGUAGCCAACAUUGAGCCACUCUUUGACCGGCUGCUCAUUUUCUGGUCUGAUCGGCGGAACCCCCAUGAGGUGAAACCAGCCUAUGCCACCAGGUACGCCAUCACUGUCUGGUAUUUUGAUGCCAAGGAGCGAGCAGCAGCCAAAGACAAGUAUCAGCUAGCAUCAGGACAGAAGGGUGUCCAAGUACCUGUAUCACAGCCGACUACGCCCACCUAGUGGCUAGCCCCAGAGCUGCACGGACAGACAGCUUGCCUGACUUCGGGAGAGCCCUGGGCCCGGUGCCGCCAGUCACGGUGCCUGCUCCUGCCCCGCCACUGCCGCUGCUUCUGACUUUGCCUCUGUUUUGCCUGGUGUGGAGGGCUCCAUCCAUCGCUGAGGACCAAGGAGGAGGAGAGACCUCUGCUGCCCUGGGCUGGGGGCUGGGGCUGUGACCUGGGCAGAGGCCGGUGUUGGGGACUGCCAUUACUGGAGCUGGGGGCCUGUGUCCUGCCCUGUCUGGUCAUGCAUGUCCCUCUCAGGUUUGGAGAGCUGGAAGGAGGCGUUGCCACCUCCCACCAGAAUGCAGGAUUUGGGGUUGGGGUGAGUCAUGGCCUCUUGCUGGCAAAGGUUUGUGGGGGAGUAUCCCCAAGCCCCCCACUCCUCCAGCCUGGAAUGGGAAGUGACUCCCCAGCCCCUUUGGCCACGGCACCUUUUGGACUAGGCUGCCGCUGCUGGGCAGGAUGAAAGGUGCUGGGAGGAGCAUGGGCCUGCAAGUCCUGUCAGCCAAGAAAUAAAAGUUUACCUCAGAGCUGCACA